AUGUCUUCUACUUCAUUAAAUAACUAUAAUUCAUAUUCUCAAUGGACUGCUUCGAAAGUCAGAUCUACUUUUUUAGAUUAUUUUAAUAAAGAAAAAUCACAUAGUUUUGUACCUUCAUCAUCAGUUGUUCCUCAUAAUGAUCCUAGUUUAUUAUUUGCUAAUGCUGGUAUGAAUCAAUAUAAACCUAUUUUCUUAGGUACGGUUGAUCCUUCUUCAGAUUUUGCUAAUCUAAAAUCAGCUGCUAAUUCGCAAAAAUGUAUUAGAGCCGGGGGUAAACAUAAUGAUUUAGAUGACGUUGGUAAAGAUAGUUAUCAUCACACAUUUUUUGAAAUGUUGGGUAAUUGGUCUUUUGGAGAUUAUUUUAAGAAAGAAGCUAUUGAUUAUAGUUGGGAUUUGUUAACUAGAAAAUAUGGUUUACAAAAAGAUAGAUUAUAUGUUACUUAUUUUGGUGGAGAUGAAAAACAAGGUUUAGAACCAGAUUUAGAAGCUAAACAAUUUUGGUUAGAUGUUGGUGUAAAUGAAGAUCAUAUUUUACCUGGUGAUUCAAAAGAUAAUUUUUGGGAAAUGGGAGAUCAAGGUCCUUGUGGUCCAUGUUCUGAGAUUCAUUAUGAUAGAAUUGGUGGUAGAAAUGCUGCUAAUUUAGUUAAUAUGGAUGAUCCAAAUGUUUUAGAAAUUUGGAACAUUGUUUUCAUUCAAUUUAAUAGAGAAGCUGAUUCUUCAUUAAGAUCAUUACCAAAUAAACAUGUUGAUACUGGUAUGGGGUUUGAAAGAUUAGUUUCAAUUUUACAAAAUAAAUCUUCUAAUUAUGAUACUGAUGUUUUUACUCCGAUUUUUGAAAAAAUUAGAGAUAUAACUGGUGUUAGACCUUAUACUGGUAAAUUUGGUGAAGAAGAUAAAGAUGGUAUUGAUACUGCUUAUAGAGUAAUUGCUGAUCAUGUUAGAACUUUAACUUUUGCAAUUUCAGACGGUGGUGUUCCUAAUAAUGAAGGUAGAGGUUAUGUUUUAAGAAGAAUUUUAAGAAGAGGUUCAAGAUUUGUUCGUAAAUAUAUGAAUUAUCCUAUUGGUUCAUUUUUCCAACAAUUGGUUGAUGUUGUUAUUGAACAAAAUAUAGAAAUUUUCCCUGAAUUGAGUAAAAAUGUUGAAGACUUAAAGGAAAUUUUAAAUGAAGAAGAGUUAUCAUUUGCAAAGACUUUGGAUCGUGGAGAAAAAUUAUUUGAACAAUAUGCUAUAAUUGCAAGUAAAACUCCUGAACAAACAUUAAGUGGUAAAGAUGUAUGGAGAUUAUAUGAUACAUAUGGUUUCCCAGUUGAUUUAACUAGAUUAAUGGCUGAAGAAGCUGGUUUAAAAAUUGAUGAUAAAGCAUUUGAAAAAGCUAAAGAAGAAUCAAGAGAAGCUUCAAAAGGUGGUGCUAAGAAACAAGCAGAUUUAAUGAAAUUGGAUGUUCAUUCACUCUCUAAACUAGAGAAUGAUAAAGUAGAAAAAACUGAUGAUUCCGCCAAAUAUGGAACAGAAAAUAUCAAAUGUAAAAUUAUAGCUAUCUACGAUGGCAAUAAUUUUUUACCAUCCAUAAAAGAAGAAGAUAAAAAACAAUUUGGUAUAUUAUUAGAUAAAACUCCAUUUUAUGCUGAACAAGGUGGUCAAGAAUAUGAUACUGGUAAAUUAGUCAUUGAUGGUAAAACUGAAUUUAAUGUUGAAAAUGUUCAAGUUUAUGGUGGUUAUGUAUUACAUACUGGUUAUUUAAUUGAAGGUGAAUUUCAAGUUGGUGAUGAAAUUAUUGCAACUUAUGAUGAGUUAAGAAGAUGGCCAAUUAGAAACAAUCAUACUGGUACUCAUAUUUUAAAUUUUGCAUUAAGAGAGACUUUAGGUAAUGGAGUUGAACAAAAAGGUUCAUUAGUUGCCCCUGAAAAAUUGAGAUUUGAUUUUAGUCAUAAACAAGGUUUAACACAAGAAGAAUUGGAAAAAGUUGAAAAUUUAUCUAAUCAAUAUAUUAAAGAUAAUAAAACAAUAUAUUAUCAAGAUGUUGAAUUAAAUUCAGCAAAAGAAAUUAAUGGUUUAAGAGCUGUUUUUGGGGAAACUUAUCCAGAUCCAGUUAGAGUUGUUUCAAUUGGUGUACCAGUUGAAGAAUUAUUAAAAGAUCCGAAAAAUCCAAAAUGGCACGAAAUUUCAAUUGAAUUUUGUGGUGGUACUCAUAUUGCAAAAACUAGUGAAAUCAAAGAUUUAGUUAUAAUUGAAGAAUCAGGUAUUGCUAAAGGUAUUAGGAGAAUAGUUGCAGUUACUAGUCAUGAUGCUAAAAAAGUUCAAGAAAUUGCGAAUGAUUUUGAACAAGAAAUUAUUAGAGUUGACAAUUUACCAUUUGGUAAUACAAAAGAAAAUGAAGCUAAACAAUUGGGUUCAAAUUUGAAUAAAUUAUCAAUAAGUGUUUUAGAUAAAAAAAGAUUAGCUGCUAGAUUUUUAAAAUUAGAUAAAUCAAUUAAGGAAAAGACUAAACAAUUGCAAAAAGAAGAAUCAAAGAAAGUUUUAGAUAUUGUUAAAAAAUGGUUAGAUGAAGGUAAAUCUGAUUAUUUUGUUGAUCAUAUUAAUAUAUCAGCAAGUGUUAAAGCUAUAACAGAAGCUGUAAAUUUCGUUAAGAAACAAGAUAAAACUAAAUCAUUUUAUUUAUUGGCUUCUAAUAGCGAUGAUAAAGUUGCUCAUGGUUGUUAUAUAUCAGAUGAAGCUAUUGCAAAAGGUUUAGAUGUAAAUAAAUUAAGUAAAGCUGUUACUGAUCAAAUUGGAGGUAGAGCUGGUGGUAAAGGUAAUACUGUUCAAGGUACAGGUGAUAAACCAGAAAAUAUUUCAAAGGCAAUUGAAGAAUUGAAUAAAUUGUUUCAAGAAAAUUUAUAG